AUUUACACAAAUCAUCAGAGCACUGAUGAUCAGUGUGCCCUGAUGAUCUGUGUAGCCCCAGCAGUGCCACCUGUCAGUGCUCAUCAGUGCCUACCAGUGCACAUCAAUGCCACAUAUCAGUGCCCAUCUGAGCUGCCUUUCAGUGUCACACAUCAGUGCCAAUGAAAGUCAGUGCUGCCAAUCAGUGCACAUCAGUGCCGCCUAUCAGUUCCGUCAGUGCCACCUAUCAGAGCUGCCUUUCAGUGCUGCCUGUCAAUGCCCAUCAGUGAUGCCUGUCAAUGCCCAUCAGUGCCACCUACCAGUGCCACCUAUCAGUGUCCAUCAGUGCAGCCUAUCAGUGUCCAUCAGUACAGCCUCAUUAGCGCACAUCAGUGAA